AUGGCGUCCGUGGAAGCGUUCGAAUGUGAUCCUGAUUUCUGCCCCCGCUGCGGCUCUAUCCUCCCUCUCCCCGGCUUACUGGAAGUGGUUUCCUGUACCCUUUGCAACUUUCAGAAAGAUACAUCCGGUAAGAGUAUAAAAAAAUUUCUUGAUUCAAAUGAAAGCAAUGAGUUGAGUCAGUCUUUCCAACAUGCAUGUGCAGCGAGUUGGGUCAGUCGACAGAGUUCAAAACACCCGGAAAACUAGGCUGGUUCCCACUAAACCAAUGAGUUGCUAAUGUCAGAUUACUCUCAUUAAAGAGGUUUCAAAUGAAGGUUUUCGUUUAAAAAAUGACUCCUUACUUAUCUUUCCUAUGCAUCCGCAGCUAUCAAUGUUAUGGUAAUGUAUGAUAACGAGUUUAAAACAUAGGAAAAUAAGAUUUGACCAAGUAUAAAACUGAACCACAACACAAACAUAGCAUAAUCAAAAGAAAAGGUUACAUGUAUGAAAAUUAUUAGAAUGAUUAUUAAAGGAAGAAUACUUUGAUCUUUUAUCAAAUUGCCCCAACUAAUUCUUAAAGGAUAUGUAUCAAAACAAGUGUGGUGAAUUUGUGGUUGGAUAUUGUGUCGUAAAGGCCGAUGUUCAUCCUUUGUGCUUUGCAGUUGUUGUCAUUGUUUUGAGACUUCCCUAUUGUCCUUUCCAACAAUCUGACUGGCUAACAGCUGUAAUCUCAAAGGGGUUUAAAUCCUACAUACAAGCUGACUGUUAGCCUGAAUAUUUCAUUUUUUUUUUUAUCUUAUGACCCUUUGAGGUUUCCUCGAGAUGUUCAAGGUUUGACUGUGGAAGUGUUCUUGUCUAAGGAAGCAAAUUAAUUAAGUCAAUCUUUCUAAAUAAUUUCUUCUUGCCAAAUGAGGUGAUUGACACGGCAAAGAAUUGUUUACAAUUAUUGACCAUGUUGUAUCCAGAAAAUCGGCAAAUGAAUGACCUUUGAGAUUUCUUGUUGUUAUUAUACAACUCAGCUCUGCAGUGAGACAAGCAGCUUCAAGUUUAAUUACAUAUAUUCCAGAAGCCUCAUUUCAGAGUUGCUCAUAAAACCUUGGAAAUCUAUUUGACCACAAAUAUAGCUUGUGUUCGAACAUGGAUGUCCUCAUGAAGGGUUUUACAAGUAAAGCAUUAAUAUGAACUCAGCUCUGAUUCAGAUGCUGAACUUUUCAAUGCCGAACCCAAUGCGUAAAUUGUUAUGAUGUAUUUUACAUGAAAUGAGGCUGGAAUUAACAUCAUCAUCUGAAUCAAUUCAGCUGAUCUAAGUAAUUCUUAAAAAGCUUUGCCUCUGAACUGGGCCUGAACUGGUUGUUAAACUUUGAUAAACUUUAUCUUUAACUGGUACUUACAUGUAGCUUAUGUUGUCAAUUAUACAUGUAUAUAUUUUUUUCUCAUGAAUGCAGACUUUGAGGGUAUAGAGGUACACUCGCGAAAGGUUUUUAAUACUGUCAAAGAAAAGACAACAAUAACAAAACAAGCAGAUGAGUCAGUAGGACCAAUGGUAAAUAGUAAAGUUGCAGAAUUCUUCUCUGUGCACAGGCAAAUAUCACUAAAAACAAAACUCAAAAGAAACAAGUCUCACCUGGACUUUUCUGUUUUUUUUCUGUUUUUUCUUUUGUUUUAGUAAUACGUCUGUAAGUAUCUGUCAUUAUCACUAUCAUUGUCGUCUUCAUCGUCAUCAUCAUCAUCAUCAUCAUCAUUCCCUUCGGCCUCAGCCAAAACUCCUCAGACUAACUUCUUUCCACACCACAGUAUCACCAUAAUAACAUGCAGGUCCUGCACCCCAAUUACAGUGCCUUUAUUGUGUUAAUUGAUGUCAGGAAAGGUUUUGCUGGCAAGUGGCUUGGUUUCCACAAGUGUAGUCAGGGUAUAGUUCCUCCUCUGGCACAGUAACAGUGCCCUGCACAGUAUACCCUUCUAAGGUUGCUUGCUGGCUAUUUAAGCCAGCCAACCAUUAAAUAAUUUUCUUCUGCUUUUCAACCUUAUCCAUUCAAAAAUUUCUUUAGCUGCUUAGCCAGUCCACCUCAUUGGUUAAAAAAAAUUCGUAAAGCCAUUCAGCUAAUUAACCUCAUCUGUUUAAAAAUUUCCUUUAUAGCUGUUCAACCAUUCAGCCCUUUUGUUUUGAACAGCUCAGCUAUCCAUUUGUUAUCCGUUCAUUUGCUGUUUGUUUGGCAUGUUUAUGAAUACCAUUUUAGGAAUUUUUCUCAUGAGGUGUCACAUUAUGAAACGAUUGUGACUCAAGAUUCAGAUUCAUCAUUUACUUUUAAAAUCUUCUAAAAUGAUUGUAUGUUGGGCUUUCAGGUUGACAGGAAGUGUCCAAACUGUGGUCAUGAAGGUAUGACAUACACCACAAGACAAACCAGAUCAGCUGAUGAGGGACAGACAGUUUUCUAUGGCUGUCCACAAUGCAAGUAAGAAAACCAGUAAUUAAUCUAAAGGGCCUUUAUUGUCCAUUUGCAAGUCAAAAUAAAUGAACAAGGGAAACAAAUGAUUUUAAUACAAGAUCUAUGAUUACCAAGUGUAGUUUCCUGAGGGUUCCCAAUACGUUUUUUUGCGGAACUUGGAAUUUGCCCUGUUUAAAGGCCGGGAGUCAGGAGUUUAAAGGAAAAUGGGGCCGAGAUUUGGGGUUGAAAGUACAGUAUAUUAUUAUUAUUAUUAUUAUUAUUAUUAUUAUUAUUAUUAUAGUUAUAUAAGAUAUACUAGUGUAAUUGCAAGUGAUUUUCUCUCUCAACAUCCAAGUCCAAACCAUGGACCUUGGGAGGCAAAGAGGGUUUCUACUUGAUGGAGAGGACCCGCCUGAGAAGGUGGGCUGUAGAAAGGAGAGUUAUUUUCUGGAGUUCAUGAAUGUUGAUGUUGCCAGGGAUUUUGUUGGUGUAGUUUUAUUAUUAUUAUUAUUAUCAUCAUCAUCAUUAUUAUUAUUAGUUCAGUUAUGAAUUACAAAGGAUUAAAACUUACACAACAUGACCUUGCAGUUUUUUUUUCCAUACUAUGCUUAAGACAUUAAAAUCCAUCAACUAUUGAAAUCGAUGCAUAAUCAAUCUACAGUAGUCGACAGAAUUACUCAAGGUUGAAUUUAUCUUACUGCCACAGCAGGGCUCUAAUAUUUGUAUGUUUUUUUCUUUUCUGACAGGUUCCAAGAAACAGAAUAUUCGUAAAAAUAGUAAUUAUUUUCGUAUAAUGUACCUUGUAUUUAUUUUUGUUUUUGGCAGCAAAAUAAAAACAAUUUUAAAACACUGUUAAUUGAUAAAUGAAGAUUUUAAAAACACCAAAUUUAUAAUUAAGUGUCACCAUUUCACCAUAGUCAAAGCUUGAUUCUCCAGUUUUACUCUUAUGAGAGAAACUCCAAAGGGCAGGGAAUCGGCUCCUCCUUCUUCUUUUUCAGGUGUUGUUUCUGACUUUGUUCCCUUGAGGAAAUAAUUUAUUUCAAAAUGGUGGCCAUUUACAAGUGAAACGUGGAGAGAGAGAGAACGCGCGUGCAAGCCCCCAACUCUCGCGUCCGCUUUCGCGUGCCUCUCGCGCGUGACUUCUCGCGAUAUCUCCCAGUUGGAGAGCUUGUGCGCAAUGUAAUCUUUCUGCUUUCCUACAGUCGGUUUUACAGUUGGUGUUAGUAAGGUUAAAGCGCUUACCAUUUGUAUGGAAAACCUGGUAAUUCAGGAGAGAAUCCAAAUAGAACGUUUCAUCCCUGUGAAAUGUUUUCGGAAAUAAGGGACUGAAUUACCUUUUUCUCCCUUUUACCGGAACGACCGACAUUUUCUGUACGCCUUAUUUGGAUUAACACUGGCACUAGCCCUCUGCUAUCGAGGGUCACCUCACUACCGCUCAAAUUCCUUUGUCAAAUUUUGAGUAUGGCGAAGGAUGAACCAGCGAACAUCUCAGUACGUGCUGAAUGAGCCCCCUCCAAAAGAAGACCCCCAGGGAGACCGUGACUAGUCCAGAUUGUGCUCGGCAACGCUUGAGCAACUUUUGGCGUUUGGAGCAACUUUUUGCAGUUUUAGCAACCUCGAGUAAGUUUUGCCUUUCCAAGCAAUUUCCCCUUUAGCAAAAUAUAGGUUUAGAGCACAUAUCAAACACGAAAAAGAAAACGAAUUCUUAGAAAAUUCAAUGUAAGCGAGUUUCUUGAAUGCCUAUGAACCUUUUGAACCUUUCACUGACAGCGUUUUGCAGGCCUUAAAAGGCAUUUUAUAUGUGCCUAGAAGGCCUGAUAAGCAAUCAGCACAUAAAUAGUAAAGGUAAGCUCGAUGCGCAUUUUGCUAAUUUACAGAGCAAAGAAUGAUUCCCAUACAACGUCAUAUAAAUUUGUUUGCCGAUACACACACGUGUACAUGAAAGUUGCUCGCUCCAGGUUAAGCUUAAUCCCCCAUUCCUGCUUUCGGUGCGAAAAAAAUACCAGUACCACCGCCCGAAUCCUCUCUCCUCCGAAGAGGCUCCCGCUGGGUACCCCAGUGCUAAAAGUAGCAAAAAUCGAAAAAUAGCAAUCGUACGGGGGACGAUCAUAAAAAAGACGGGAAAUGCGUGAACCUCGAGACCUCGCUUCCUCUCUUUCCCCUUGCCAUCGUCCCACUCGCGCUUUCUUUUCCCUCCUUCCACUCUCCCUACGACAUACAGGAGAGAGGCCUGAAUCAUUUAAAAAUGUUUUGAGACCGGUCUGCCGAGGCGGGAGAUCCCGAGUUCGCGAGCCAUAUCCCGCGGCCUUUAAUACGACACGUGACGUACUGAAUCCUACUUUGCCACUCCUUUGUUGUCAAAUAUAGGUAAAAGGAGCCCAUAACCCUUAUUGGGCCCCCUGGGUAACAUAUUAUUUUUACAUUAUGCUGGCCCAGUCCCAGGAAAGUUAAGACUUUUUAAAAUCCAGGUAAAAUAUAGCCCGCGUAGCAUGCACUUGGAGGUAAGAAGCAUAAGAAAGAACGGGGCGCGUGUCUCCACGGCGCGCCUCGUUCUUUUCUGCCCCCGUAAAAGUACUUUCAAGCGUCUGCAACUCAGGAUAGUUUAAACUAUACCAUCCACCACCCCAAUGCACCUUACCAGGAGCCCAUCAAUUUGAUGGGCUCCUGACCUUACUUCUGUCUCCAACAACCCCACCCCACCUCUGUUAGCAUUUAUCUGACGCAAGGCGCGGCUCCGCAGUCUGUUUUUGCACAGACAACUGGCAGAAUUUUUCGUAGAACCUGAGGAGUUCGCACCGGUGAAAAGGUACGGUUUCUUCCACAGCCUUUUAUUAUUUCACCAGAAAUACGUAUCUCGCGCCAGCAUUGAUGUGAUAUUAUAAAACUAACUUGAUCAAAUUGUCGUCGGAGCAUAAUUUGUGUCCAGCGUUAAUAAAGAAGAAAACCGAAAGCUCGAAACCAACCGAACGAACAACCAGUUGGAUCCAGUCCAAUUUCAAUCGUCCGAUGGAUUUUGAUAAGGAUCGACAAUCAAACACAAUUGCGCUUAAACUUGUUAUGAGUUCGAUUACCGUUGUUGGAAAGAGACUUGAUUUCGACUCUCACUCCUUGGGCUGUACUGCACUUAAUAUCCGUACCUCGCAGUAUAGGACUUACCUUUUCUUCUUACCCCUAAAGAUUAUAUAAAUUUAUAUAAAUCGCUGAAGACUUCCAUAAAAUAUGGGUGUACCCCGAAGAAUAUAGGUCGCACCCCUAAAGGAUUUUGUAAAAAUUAAUCCUUCACCCCCAAAGAAUUCGUUUGCUCUACCCGUAAAGAAAUCCUCAAUUUUUGUAACUUACCCUUGAAGAAUGGCUUGGUCCUUAACUUAGGGGUGGGGGGUACAGAUAUUAAAUGUAACACCCCCAGGUAACAGCUGAGCCAAGGCACUUUCAAAGCAUAUCACUAGGGAAGACUGGGAGCAGCUAUUUUGUAAGCAAGGAUCUCAACAUAAAAGUGCUUAUUACAUGUGUCUUUUGGAAUUUUUAAGUAGCCUAGUGCCAAGACUGCUUAUUUGGAACUUCAGCUCUCUAAUUCUGUGGCCGAAUACCAUUCCAUUCCAAGAAUUAGUUGGGGAUCAUUUCGGGGUCAAUGUGCAAACAGUGGGGAUCAUUUCAGUCGGUAUCAGUCUCAUUUCAGGAGCUGCACAGAACUAUAAAACGUAUUUUAUAGUAUACCUAUUAUGAUUCAAGCUGUAUGAAUAUUUUACCCUUUAUGUUUAGAUUUUGGUGCUAAUUUUCUGUCCUGCCAGAAUAGCCGUCUCUCCUCUCUCCCUGUCAGUAGGGAUAUUUUCGCCAGGAGAGACGUAUGUACCUCAGUGACAGUAAUACCAUACUGGUGACGAAAAACUCUGUCUGGAAUCUGGUCAGGGCCUCGGAUUGGUCACCAUAGUAGUUAAUAUAUUGUUUUAGCUAUUGUUUAGAAAUGACACGUACAAAAGACAAAAGGCCACAGAGGUUAAAAGUAAAAGCAAUGAUUCUAUUCCAAAACAGUCAAUAUUCCUGGAAUACAUUCUUUUAGAAUAUGCUUUUGAGUUUUGCAAAAGCAGAUUCGCAGAGGAACACAAAACUUUCUUAAGGAGAAACUGGAAAUCGAAAUCUGAAAAUCAAAUAAAUGUACUUUUGGAACCAUUUGACUACCGAAUUAAUAAAUUAUGUAACCAUUGAUAUAUGUUAUCAGUAUGUAAUUAUUUCUGUGGCUGAGGAGAAGACAUCUCUCCUGGGAAAACAUCCCUAGCAGCAAAGAGCAACCAGAGACGGCUGUUUUUGCGGGCUACUAAUUUUUUGUUAUUAUUUGAUGACUAUGUUUUUUCUUUCAGAUCAACUUAUGAACCUCUCAUUUGCUGGUUGCGGUUUUCUGGGAGUUUAUCACCUUGGAGUAGCGACUUGUCUUACAUCUCAUGCGCCUCAAUUUCUCAAGAACAUAACAGCUUUUGCAGGUGCCUCGGCAGGGUCACUUGUUGCCGCGGUGCUAGCAACAUCAGCUCCCUUAAACAAGUGCUCUGAUUUUGUGAUUGAACUCACUGAUGAGGCCCGAAAACACCCACUUGGUCCAUUUAACCCAGGAUUUGACCUGGUGGGAAACAUCAGAAAAGGACUUGAACUUCAUCUACCAUCAAAUUCUCACAAGGUUGCCUCAGGAAGGCUUUUUAUUUCAGUAACAAGUUUAAAAGAAAGGAAAAAUGUUAUCAUAUCGGAAUUUGAGUCAAAGGAAGACUUGAUCCAAGUAAGAGGCGAUUUUUUUUCCAGCCUUUGAAUUAAGUUGUAGUUUGUUUUAGACUGCUCUAUGUCUAAUGUGUUGGUUUAAUUAUCCCUAAUUUUUGAAUGUUUGUUUCCCUUUGUUUUCGUGUAUGAUAGUAACUGAACCAUUCAUUCACAUGGUGGCAUCACAGUACACCACAUGACUGUUCCAUCAGUAUCUAGAUUUUUGUGUACAUUAUUCAGGGGCAGACAGAGGAUUUUGUGAUAGAGGGGGCCUAGAGAUAUAGUACACAGUGGCGGUAUGGGCAUGGUAGUGCCCAACAGGACUGCGAACAGCACACUUUUUUAGGGAGUUUCGGGCACAAAAAAUUGCUCCUCGGGGAAAAUUUUGAGAUUGAGGUUCUCCGAGAUGCAAUCUAGUUCAUUUUGGACGCUUAAAUUUAGCAAUAUUGAACAUGUAGUGCUGAAAUAUUUAAUAAACCACAGCUGUGGUUGUGGUCAAAGAAGUAAUUAACACUUUAUGAUGCUGGCAGGGGCUGGAGCAAUUGCGGCGAGAGCGCAGCCUCCCAGCAAAGACAACGUUCAAUAAAUUUUCUUAUUAAAGAAAAUAUAUUUAAGUAACAAAGCUUGAAGUACCAUCCAACACAUGUUUACAGAAGAAAAAAAUUCCUGGACAAAAGGGGGUACAGGGCCUCCCUGGGCCCACCCCUAAAUGUGCCCUUGUUAUUUUUAAAUAACACUCUCCUCGAUCUCCAUAAUUCUUCAUAAUUAUGAUACGAAAGCCGUAUUCAAUAAUUGUUUUAUUAAUCAUUCAAAAUAAUUCCUAGUUUUAGAACAUAGCUAAAACAUGCUUACCUCCCUCGAUGUUAAGUUCAUCUUCAAUAGUGCACAUUUAGGGUUGUUCAGCACUGCAGAUAUUCUCCAAACAACAGAUGUCGCCCUUCGAGUUGUCUUCUUGCAGUUCUUGCCAUGUUUUUAGCUAUUUUUUGGCCUAGUUUUUACUCUUGAAAUGAGUGAAAUGUCUGCCGUUUUUGUUUUUACAACCAAAACAACUCAACCUCGUCCCCAGGUCUUCUUGGUUAACGGUGCAUUAACCUGCAAGGAAGCUGCACUUUUGAUGUCAUUGGUUGAUUAAUUGCAAAAUUCUUCCAAAUUUGGUGAUCAGUAGCUGGUUAUGGUGAAUUAUGCGCGUGCUUUUAGCCAAUCAGAAAAGGGAAAAUAUUUUGAAUGAAUAAUAAUAUUAAUUAUUAAGUCUGCUGAACCAUAUGGUGAAUAUGUAGUCUAGAGAUCUGUUUCUUUUUUUUGGAAGUAAAAGACUUUCUUAACAUUCUGGACAUCCCAUGUUACUGUCAAAGUAAGAAAACCAUUGUUAUUUAAACAUGUCCAGUCAUGUUUUCACUUACUGCUAUUGUUUUGGAAGUGUGAUUGGCUUUUGUUUGAAGGGACACAAUAUCGUUUGUUCAUUUUUGGGGCGGGGGAGGGGAGUGGGAAAAGUAGACUGCAAAGCAGUCAGUUUUUUUCUCAAAAUUGGUUUAGUGAAGUGUAAGCGUAACAGUCUCACGCAAGCGAAGUGCGCGAGCAUCACACGCCCAUAGGGUGGCACAGAAAUCUAAAAAUUGUGUGCUGCACCUGUACACAGUCUCACUCCAGACCUUUUUGUUUGACUGUUCCCACGCACUUGAAUACACAAAAAUACGGACUGUUUUGCAGUGAAGGGGGAAAGGGGAGGAGAAAGGACUAGUAGAGGGCUGUUUUUUGAAUGCUCCAAGUUUUUUAUUUUAAUUUCCUUACAGCAUAAAUACAGUGAUGACAAAUUACUAACAGUAGAGGCAUACAGUUUGUCUGAAAUCAUUAUUUUUUUUCUGAAGUAAUUAGGACAAUACUUGUGCAAAGGAUACAUAUAAUUUUUUUUUACGGGCUUUAAAUAAUUGUGCUGUAUUUUGUCGACUAAUAGCCAGACAAAAAGGGGGCAAUUAUUCGAGGGAGACGAUUAUUUCAAAUAAUUGCUUACUGGAAAAUGGCUCUAAAUAUUUUUUUUAUUAUUAUCCCAUUAAACCAAAAUUGAUCUCAUGAAAUACACUGAACAUGGGCUUUUUAAGCGUUCCAAAUUUGUUUCCUUGAUUAAAUUGCAUUAAUGUCAAUAUCCUUUGCAUCCGAGCUUUUUUUGUCACUAAUCAGUUUUGCUAGAUCAGAAUCCACUUCAACUUGAAUCGUUUCUAACACAGCGUACCCAAUCAGUGGUAAUUGAGGGGGCAUCAUCUGCCCCUGUAGUUACGACCUCUGGUGUUCCCCAAGGAACAGUCUUAGGACCGCUACUGUUCUUAAUGUAUAUAAAUGAUUUACCUGAUAGUCUUAACUCUACUGUUAGACUUUUUGCUGAUGAUGCAUUGUUAUAUGGGACAAUUUGUUGUGAUGAAGACACAGCCGAUCUCUAAGAGGACUUGUAUAGAUUAGAAGAUUGGCAACAAAAGUGGAAGAUGGAAUUUAAUCCUUCAAAGUGCAAGAUCAUGUGUUUUAGAACCAGGAGAGAUCCACCAAAGCGGGAAUACGUAUUUUGUGGACAAAUCCUAGAAGAAGUGGAAUCUCACCCUUAUCUGGGGGUAGUGCUCGAUAACAAAAUGAGGUGAUCACCACACAUUGAAACAAUCACAUCUAGGGCAAAUAAGGUCUUGGGACUUAUCAAGCGAAAUCUGUGGAAUUGUCCAAAGUCAGUGAAAGAAACCGCGUAUAUGUCACUUGUGAGGCCAAAACUCCAGUAUGCCUGUAGCGCAUGGGACCCACAUUACGAGAAAGAUAAAGCCGCUCUAGAAAGGGUACAGCGGAAAGCAGCCCGCUUUGUCACUGGAAAUUACGAUCGAACAACGAGCGUGACGGAAAUGCUGCAAGACCUACAGUGGGACACACUUGAAACAAUGAGAAGACACGCAAGGCUCUCCACUAUAUACAAGAUGUGCCACGGCCUCCUAGAUGGGGACUGGGGGGAUUAUUUGAUAACAAGCAAAGAAAGGAGAACCCGGGGAAGCCAUGAUUUUGGAUUUAUUGUACCGAAAGGACAUAAAGAUAUUUUUAGAUUUUCUUUUUUUCCCGGGACAAUAACUGAAUGGAACAAACUUCCAGAAGAAACUGUUUCCAGCCAAUCCCUAUGUAUUUUUAAAAGCAAACCAAAUUAGUUUUCUUUUUAUCAGUAGUUUUUUAAUAGUUUUUAAUAGUUUUUUAAUAGUUUUUAAUAGUUUUGUAUAUUCUAGUAUAGUUUUAUUUAUUAUUAUCUUAGAGUUGGCGUGAUGUCCCAAACGAUUUUGCCGACAUAUUUAGAUUUAGAUUUAGAAGAAAGAAAAGAUGGCGAAAGGGGUUUGGGGGAGAUUAUUCGAGGAGGCGAUUAUGUUAAAUACUUCCUUUUGAGGGGGUGAUUAUUUGUGGUCCGAGGUAAUUAAUCGAGGGAUGGCUAUUAUUUGAGGAAAUAGGGUAUUCAUGGUUCAAAAUAAGAAUUUGAUCACUGAGACCAAAGCCCACACACAUACUAGGGUAAGUGGUUUACACGUUUCAAACAUGAAUAUGAUCUUAAAUUUAUCUUCUGUUUUCAAGGUUUUACUGGCAAGCUGCUACAUUCCUUUCUAUGCUGGGCUGAAGUUUCCACAAUUUAAAGGGCAGGUAUGUGGUUGAUACUUAAGCUUCAAUGCGUAUCGUUAUUGUACAUAACUACCACGUCUACGCCAAAAUGAUAUCUAAUUUUGUGCUUUAAAGUUUUCUUUGUCACAAAAAUUUUCAAGCAGAUUGACCACAGGAUUGUCAUAAUUUAUUUCUACCUAUUAUUUAAUUGGUCAGAGAGUAUUUACGUGAGAGCGCAAUGUGUGUUCAUCUGACAUACUGUACAUAUAAUGUGAUUCAAAUUGCGGUUGUUAGUCAGCCCGCAAAUGACUUGUCCAUCACUCAAAUUCUCAGUGGUUAGAGCAUCUGACUGGUAUCCGGAAGACUGGGUGUUCAAUUCCCAUCUGGAACUCAGAAAUUGUUUCUAAGUUCUUUUCACCACAGUUCUAGUUAUUAUGGAUUGAAUUACGCAUUUGUUUUUCAGUUCAUGUUCUUUGGCUAUUUUUUUUUAAUAAAAUUAUAUAAGAGAGUAGAUAUGAAUGAUGAGUAAGAGGCAGCGAAAGGUUGUUCUCCGGAAUUUGGAAAUGUUGUUUUUGGAGGAGAGGGGAAAACUUUUGAUCGCCCCCCGAACUCAACCCUCAUAUGGUAUUUCAACGAGUCACUUUCCGUGGAAUACGAUGUUCUCUGCGCUCGAAUUUCCCAAGCUUUAUCCUUGUUCUUUCGUCUCUUUUUCCACAGACCUGGUUUGAUGGUGGAUUUACUGACAACCUCCCUAUUCCCCCAUCGGGAAUUACCAUUAGAGUGUCUCCAUUCAGCGGGAAAAAUGAGAUCUGUCCGCAGGAUAAAUCCCGAUCCUUCUCUGAGAUUUAUUGGAGGAAUAUGCACGUGUACGUUAACAGAGAAAACAUGCGAAGAGCGACAAAUAUUUUGUACCCGCCCAGGAAGCGUCUUCUUCGUAAGAUACACGGUAAAGGGUACGACGACGCAUUGGAUUAUGUCAAGAAAAAUCAGUUAUCUUAAGUGUGUAAUAAGAUUGUUAUUGGAAAAGGGUGAAAAACACGAUUUGAGGCGCACAUGGUUUUCGCCUGAUUCCUGUAAAGUAUUUUUGCAUUUCUUCCGCACCUUAAAGUGUUCUGAACAUGUCCAAAAAACAAAAUCGCUGAGUAUGUAUCGCCAUUGGUUUUAAAUUAGGUUUGAAGCAGAACAAAGGAAAAAGAAGCAGAAGUUGACUUAAUGUUUCUGUUUCUGUCUACUCCUCCGUCUUUUCGGUCCCAGGUGCUUCGGGAGUAGAAACAAGGACUGCAGCGAAAACGUCAUUACCAAAUUGAAUUCGCAUUUCUUCAAACAUGAAUUCCCGUGGAGAUGACUUCUUAUUAGAGACUGGAACCAAGACUUUGCAUAAGGAAAUUAAACGUCUUGGUCAGUGCAGCACUGUGAAGUGAAAGAAAUGGACUUAAAAUUGCGAUCCUUGUGCAAAGUUGUUGUUUUGCUCGUUAGACCAAGAGCGUUUUGGUUGUUUUCGUUACAUUCGCCGUCCUUGUUGGUAAAACUUUCAAUUCUCAUCAGGUCUUUCUUUGUUUUUUGAUUGACACAAACUUUUCGACCGCUGCUUCCACCUCCGCUUUUGCUUUCAAUUAGUUGCUAGUGUAACCUAACUUUAACACUGGUAGACGAGAUUUCAGUAGUAAGGUACACGUUAGGGGUGUCCUCAUUACGAUUCAAACCAGCCUUGAGUAACUUAUGUGGAUUCCUGGUUUGAAUCGUAGUGAAGGUUGAGACAUCCACGAUGUGUAUCUGCGCGUACUCAGAUGGAAGGGGGAAAGGGAGAGCCCAUGAUGACAUUUAACCCCAUUUCAUGUUGGCCCUAGUUCUCAAGGUCAAGGUAGCCAAUCCCUGGGAACAUCUUUAUUAGUAAGUCUAUGGGUGGGGUUUAGCCUGAGAAAGCAGCCGACAUUUGACAUUUGAAUUUGAAAUUCCAUACUGAUGACGCGUCACUACCCAGAUCUGGGUAGUGCUUCUGGUUGCUUGAGUCAAAUUUCCCACGUGGCACGACCAAUCAGAAACACUACUUCACUGCUUAACAAGUGACCGAUGAAUUAAACAUAAACUUCU